CUGUUAGCAUGUCGUUAGCAUGCAGAGACCUGUUUCCAGCUUGUGUUUGUGUCCCGAUGUGAAGGUGAAAGUGACUCGAGCUGGAUUCCAGUCCACGGCCGACCUAUUGCACCUCCAACCGCUUCAGCUCAGCAAAGAAGCUGGUCUGUCCCAGCAGGAGGCGCUGGAGGUUCUGCAGGCUGUGAGGAGGAAUGUAGACGAAAGACGGUCAAUGACAGCGUUGGAGCUCCUGCAUAAGGAGGAGGAGCUAAGGAGCAUUGUAACAUUCUCCUCAGCGCUGGAUGCUGCACUUGGAGGAGGACUUCCUGUUGGGAAAAUCACAGAAAUCUGUGGAAUACCAGGAGUUGGAAAAACGCAACUAUGUCUGCAGGUGGCGGUAGAUGUUCAGAUCCCCGAGUGUUUUGGCGGCCUUGGUGCUCAGGCGGUUUUUAUCGACACAGAGGGAAGCUUCGUGCUCCAGAGAGCCGUUGACCUCGCAGCUGCCGCCGUACACCACUGCUCCCUGUUGGCUGAGGAUGAGGAACAGCUCGCUGCCAUGACGACCUUCACUGUGGACACCAUCCUGUCCAACCUGUUCUUGGUGCGUUGCCAUGACUAUGUGGAGCUGCUUGCAGAGGUCCACCUGUUGCCAGACUUCCUGUCACAGCAUCCAAACAUCCGCCUCCUGGUGAUUGACAGCGUUGCUUUCCUGUUCCGUCAGAACUUUGAUGAUCUAUCACAGAGGACCCGCCUCCUCUGUGGCCUUGCACAGCAACUCAUCGCUAUGGCGACCAAACAAAACAUUGCUGUGGUGAUAACCAACCAGAUGACCACCAAGCUGCAGAACGGCCAAUCUCAGGUUGUCCCUGCCCUCGGGGAGAGCUGGGGCCACACCUCCACACAGAGACUCCUCCUCCACUGGUCAGGAGAGUGCAGGCUGGCAUCCAUCUUAAAAUCACCAGUGCAUGCGGGCGCCACUGUCCAAUACCGGCUCACCGCCGACGGCUUCAGAGAUGUUGACCAAUCAGAAGAGCUGCACGGCUCCACGGGGAGCCAGAGCAAAAGAGCCCGACUACACGAGGACCACUCAGACUCAGCACAGGGAAGUGUCAGCAGCUGAUUGGCUAACAAGACUGUCAAACUAUUUUUAAAUAAAUAUGCAAUCCUAACACACAAAUCCAGUUAAAAUAUAAAUAAAUUUAAAUAAAAAAACAAAACAAAAAAUAAAACAAUUGCCUCACUUCAUGGUUUUGUCCAAAAGAUGGCGUCAGAUGGCUGUUGUGGCUCUCACUGUU